AGCCUUAAGAAGUUUCUGACCUUCUGCCAUCCCAUCUGUGCCUUCUUUCCUUCAAGUAGCCUUCUUGUCCUAGACAGUAUAUCUGACCUUCUGCAUCCCUGUCUGUCCUCAGAGCCCAAGGUGGUGUUUGCCAAGGAGCAGCCAGCACGCAGUGAGGUGAAGGCCGAAGUGGGGGCCAGUGCCACACUGAGCUGUGAGGUGGCCCAGGCCCAGACAGAGGUGACAUGGUACAAGGAUGGGAAGAAGCUGAGCUCGAGCUCGAAGAUGUGCAUGGAAGCCUUAGGCUGCACACGACAGCUGGUGGUGCAGCAGGCAAGCAAGGCAGAUGCUGGGGAAUAUAGCUGUGAGGCUGGGGGACAGAGAGUCUCCUUCUGCUUGGACAUUGCAGCCCCAGAGCCCAAGGUGGUGUUUGCUAAGGAACAGCCGGCAAUGAGUGAAGUCAAGGUUGAAGCAGGGGACAGUGCUACACUGACUUGUAAGUUGGCCCAGGCUCAGACACAGGUGACGUGGUACAAGGAUGGGAAGAAGCUGAGCUCAAGCUCAAAAGUGCGUGUGGAGGCCUCAGGCUCCACUCGGCGACUGGUGGUGCAGCAGGCAGGCAAGGAAGAUGCUGGAGAAUACAGCUGCGAAGCUGGAGGCCAGAAGAUAUCCUUCCACCUGAACAUCUCAGAACCCAAGGUGGUGUUUGCCAAGGAGCAGUCUGCAAGGAGUGAGGUGAAGGCUGAGGCAGGAGCCAGUGCCACACUGAGCUGCAAGGUGGCCCAGGCCCAGACAGAGGUGACAUGGUACAAGGACGGGAAGAAGUUGAGUUCAAGCUCGAAAGUGCGCCUGGAAGCCUCAGGCUGCAUGCGUCAACUGGUGGUACAACAGGCGUGUAAGGCGGACGCAGGGGAGUAUUGCUGCGAGGCUGGGGACCAGAGGGUCUCCUUCCGCCUGCAUGUUGCAGAGCCCACAUUGGCAUUUGCUAAGGAACAGUCUGCAAGGAAUGAGGUUAAGGCUGAGGUGGGGGCCAAAGCCACACUGAGGUGUGAGGUGGCCCAGGAAAAGACAGAGGUGACAUGGUAUAAGGAUGGGAAGAAGCUGAUCUCAAGCUCAAAGGUGCGCCUGGAGACCUCAGGUUGCACACGGCUGCUGGUGGUGCAGCAGGCAGACAAGGCAGAUGCUGGGGAGUACAGCUGCGAGACCAGGGGCCACAAGGUGUUCUUCCACCUGGAUGUCACAGAAUCCAAGGUGGUGUUUGUCAAGGAGCAGCCUGAAAAGAGUGAGGUGAAGGCUGAAGUGGGGUCUAUUGCCACACUGAGCUGUGAAGUGGCCCAGGCCCAGACAGAGGUCAUAUGGUUCAAGGACGGCCAGAAACUGAGCUCGAGCUCGAAGGUACAUGUGGAGGCCUCAGGCUGCACACGGAGGCUGUUAGUGCAUCAGGCGGAAAAGGCAGAUGCAGGGGAGUACAGCUGCGAGACUGGAGGCCAGAAGAUCUCCUUCCACCUUGAUGUCACAGAGCCGGAGGCUGGGCCCCAAGUCCCAGAAAGACCCAGCCGCAGGGAGCCUCUGGUGGUCAGGGAACAUGAGGACAUCGUCCUGACCGCCAUGCUCACCACACCCUCUGUGGCCACGGUGGCCUGGCUCAAAGAUGGUGUGGAGAUUCGUCGCAGCAAGCGGCAUGAGACCACCAGCCUGGGGGACACCCACACCCUGACUGUGCGUGGAGCCCAGGUGCUAGACAGUGCGAUCUACAGCUGCCGUGUGGGCACAGAGACACAAGACUUCCCAGUGCAGGUGGAAGAGGUGGCUGCCAAGUUCUCCAGGCCCCUGGAGCCUGUCACCGGGGAGUUGGGUGGUACCGUGAGGCUGGUCUGUGAGCUGAGCCCAGAGCAGGCGGAGGUGGUGUGGCGCUGUGGGAGCACACAGCUGAGGGCAGGCAAGCGCUUCCAGAUGGUAGCUGAAGGGCCCAUGCGCUGGCUUACUGUGUCGGGCCUGCGUGAAGAGGACACGGGAGAAUACGUGUGCGAGACCCGGGAUGACCACACCAGCGCAAGGCUCACUGUCAAUGUGCCCAGAGUAGUCAAGUUCACAUCAGGACUGAGAGCCACAGUUGCAGAGGAGGGCCGUGAGGCAACAUUCCAGUGCGUGGUAUCCCCCAGCGAUGUGGUGGUUACAUGGUACCGGGAUGGUACCCAACUUCAGCCCAGCGAGAAGUUUCUUAUAUCCCAGAGCGGCGCCAGCCACAGCCUGACCAUCUCAGGUCUGGUACUGGAGGAUGCUGGCCAGAUCACAGUGGAGGCUGAAGGUGUCUCCUCUUCUGCUGCCCUUCGGGUCCGAGAGGCACCAGUGCUCUUUAAAAAGAAGCUACAGCCACAGACGGUAGAGGAGCGGAGCUCUGUGACACUGGAGGUGGAGCUGACGCGUCCGUGGCCUGAGGUGAAGUGGACACGCAAUGCUGUAGCCCUGGUGCCUGGCAAGAAUGUGGAGAUCCAUGCUGAGGGUGUUUGGCACCGCCUGGUGCUGCACAAUGUGGGCUUCGUUGACCGUGGGUUUUUUGGUUGUGAGACACCGGAUGACAAGACACAGGCCAAGCUCAAUGUGGAGAUGCGUCAAGUCCGGCUGGUUCGGGGCUUACAGGCAGUGGAGGUGAAGGAACAGAGCACUGCCACCAUGGAGGUGGAGUUGUCACAUGCUGAUGUGGAAGGCAGCUGGACACGUGAUGGUCUGCGGCUCCAGCCCGGUCCCACAUGUCACCUGGCGGCACAUGGCCCCAUUCACAUCCUCAAGCUCUCAGAGCUACGACUUCAGGACAGUGGGCUGGUGGCCUUUAGGAGUGAGGGUGUACACACGUCAGCCCAGCUUGUGGUCACUGAGCUGCCUGUGCAUUUCAGUCGUCCACUGCAAGAUGUAGUGACCACCCAGAAAGAGAAGGUGACCCUGGAAUGUGAGCUGUCACGUCCCAAUGUUGAUGUGCGCUGGCUGAAGGAUGGUGUGGAGCUGCGGGCAGGCAAGGCAUUGGGGAUAGUAGCCCAGGGCACCUGCAGGAGUCUCAUUAUUUACCGGUGUGAGAUCGGGGACCAGGGUAUCUAUGUGUGUGACGCCCAUGAUGCUCAGACUUCCGCGUCCCUGAAGGUGCAAGGCCGUAAUGUCCAGAUCGUGAAGCCCCUGCAAGAUGUGGAGGUGAUGGAGAAGGAGGGUGCCACCUUCUCCUGUGAGGUCUCCCAUGAUGAGGUACCUGGCCAGUGGUUCCGAGAGGCCAGUAAGCUGCGGCCCAGUGACAAUGUGCGCAUCCGCCAGGAAGGAAGGACAUACACUCUCAUCUACCGGAGGGUACUGGCAGAAGAUGCAGGGGAGAUCAGAUUUGUAGCUGAAAAUGCAGAAUCGCAAGCCCAUCUACGAGUGAAAGAGCUGCCUGUGACCCUUUUGCGCCCACUGAGGGACAAAAUUGCUAUGGAGAAGCACCGUGGUGUACUUGAGUGCCAGGUGUCCCGGGCCAGUGCCCAGGUGUGGUGGUUCAAGGGUGGCAUGGAGUUGCAACCUGGGCCCAAGUAUGACAUGGUCAGCGAUGGCCUUUACCGAAAGUUGGUCAUCAAUGAUGUGCAGCCUGAGGAUGAGGACACCUAUACAUGUGAUGCUGGUGACGUUAAGACGAGUGCCCAGUUCUUUGUGGAAGAGCAAUCCAUUACCAUUGUGCGGGGCCUGCAGGAUGUUACAGUGAUGGAGCCUGCCCCUGCCUGGUUUGAGUGUGAGAUUUCCAUCCCCUCUGUGCGCCCACCCAAGUGGCUCCUGGGUAAGACUGUGCUGCAGGCAGGGGCAAAUGUGGGACUGGAGCAAGAGGGCACCGUGCAUCGGCUGACUCUGAGGAAGACCUGCUCCACUAUGACUGGGCCCGUACACUUCACCAUUGGCAAGUCCCGCUCCUCUGCCCGCCUGGUUGUUUCAGACAUCCCAGUGGUGCUGACCAGGCCUCUGGAGCCCAAGGCAGCACGUGAGCAGCAAUCGGUGGUCCUGUCCUGUGACUUUAAGCCAGCCCCCAAGGCUGUGCAGUGGUAUAAGGGGGACACACCACUGGCUCCAUCGGACAAGUUCAAGAUGAUGCUGGAGGGCCAGAUGGCAGAACUGCGCAUCCUCCGGCUCACUCCAGCUGAUGCUGCCAUCUACCGGUGCCAGGCGGGCAAUGCCCAGAGCAGUGCCGAGGUUACUGUGGAAGCUCGGGAAGUGACUGUGACACGGCCACUGCAGGAUGCUGAAGCCAUGGAGGAGGGCCGGGUCUGCUUCUCUUGUGAGCUGUCCCAUGAAGAUGAGGAAAUCGAGUGGUCACUGAAUGGGACGCUCCUGUACAAUGACAGCUUCCAUGAGAUCAGCCAUGAAGGGCGUUGUCAUAUGCUGGUACUGAAGAGUGUCCGGCAGGCUGAUGCGGGGAUGGUGUGCGCCACCUCCCCCAAGGUGUCAGCCUCUGCCCGCCUGGUGGUCAGAGCAAAGCCGGUGGUGUUCCUGAAAGCGCUGGACGAUGUGUCUGUGGAGGAACGUGGCAUACUGGCCCUGCAAUGCGAAGUCUCAGACCCCAAAGCCCAUGUGGUUUGGCACAAAGACGGUGUGCAGCUGGAUCCCAGUGACAAGUAUAACUUCCUGAACACAGCGGGCACACGGGGGCUUGUGAUACAUGACCUGAGCCGUGAGGACACUGGCCUAUACACUUGCCAUGUGGGCACUGAGGAGACCCGUGCCCGGGUCAGUGUGCAUGAUCUGCACUUGGGCAUUACUAAGAGGUUGAAGACGGUGGAGGUGCUGGAGGGUGAGAGUUGCAACUUCGAGUGUGUCCUGUCCCAUGAGAGCGUGGGUGACUCAGCUGUAUGGACAGUUGGUGGGAAGACAGUGGGCAGUUCUGGCCAUUUCCAGGCCACGUGCCAAGGCCGCAAAUACAUCCUGAUGGUCCAAGAUGCUGCACUCAGCGACGCCGGGGAGGUUGUCUUCUCCAUACAGAACCUUACCUCAAAGGCCUCCCUCAUUGUCAGAGAGCGGCCAGUGGACAUCACAAAGCCCCUGGAAGACCAGCAGGCCAUGCUGGGGGAGGACGUGGUGCUUAGCUGUGAGUUGUCGAAGGCAGGCACCCCUGUGCGCUGGCUGAAAGAUGGAAAGGCCAUCCGAAAGAGUCAGAAAUAUGACCUGCUCAGUGAAGGCACACGGGCCAUGCUGGUUGUCCGAGGGGCCUUGCUCAAGGAUUCUGGCAAAUACACAUGUGAGACAGAAGCUUCCAAGAGCACUGCCAGCCUCCAUGUGGAAGAAAAGGCAAACUGGUUCACAGAGGAGCUGGCUGACCUACAGGCAGAGGAGAAGGGCACAGCUGUGUUCAUGUGCAAAACUGAACACCAAGCAACCACUGUGACCUGGCGCAAGGGCCUCAUGGAGCUGCCAGCUUCGAGGAAGCACACACCCAGCCAGGAGGGCUUGACCUUGAGGCUCACCAUCAGCACCCUGGAGAGGGCAGACAGUGACACCUACAGCUGUGACAUUGGCCAGGCCCAGUGCCAGGCCCGGCUCCUGGUGCACGGCCAGAGAGUACUCAUCACUGAGGACCUAGAGGACACAGAUGUGCAGGAGGGCUCCUCUGCCACCUUCUGCUGCCGUGUCUCUCCUGCUGACUAUGAGCCUGUGCACUGGUUCCUGGACAAGACCCCACUGCAUGCCAAUGAGCUCAAUGAGAUUGAGGCCCAGCCUGGGGGUUACCACGUGCUCACCUUGCGGCAGCUGUCACUCAAGGACUCUGGUACCAUCUACUUCGAGGCGGGUGACCAGCGAACUUCAGCAGCCCUGAGGGUCACUGAGAAGCCAAGUAUCUUCUCCCAGCCACUCACGGAUGUCACAGUCACAGAAGGUGAGGACCUGACCCUCAUCUGUGAGACCACCAGUCUGGAUAGCCCUGUGCACUGGACCAAGGAUGGGAAGACACUGCGGUCAUCUGCACGGUGCAAGCUGAGCUAUGAGGGCUGCCGGGCCCAGCUGGUCAUCAAUGGUGCCACCCUGCAGGAUGGUGGGCGAUACAAGUGUGAGGCCAGUGGGGCCUGGAGCAGCUCCAUCGUGAGGGUCCAUGCUCAGCCAGUGCGGUUUCGUGAGGCCCUGAAGGACAUGGAGGUGCCAGAGGGUGGGGCUGCCACACUGCGCUGUAUGCUGUCAUCUGUGGCUGCGCCUGUGGAAUGGCGUCAUGGAGAUGAUGUCCUGAGGUCUGGCAGCAAGUACAGCCUGCGCCAGGAUGGCGCCUUGCUGGAGUUGGUUGUCCGAGACCUGCAGCAUGAGGACAGUGGGCAGUACUCAUGCUUUUUUGGGGACCAGGUGACCACAGCCAUGCUCACUGUGAAGGCUCUGCCUGCCCAGUUCACAGGAAAACUGAGAAACAAGGAGGCCAUGGAAGGGACCAUAGCCACAUUGUGGUGUGAGCUGAGCAAAGAGGCCCCUGUGGAGUGGAGGAAGGGAGCAGAGACCCUCAGAGAUGGGGGCAGAUACAUCCUGAAGCAGGACGGGGCCAUGUAUGAGCUGCAAAUCCAUGGCCUGACUGGGGAAGAUACUGGAGAGUACUCCUGCGUGUGUGGUCAGGAGAGGACCUCAGCCACACUGACCGUCAGGGCUCUGCCUGCCCACUUCAUAGGAAGACUGAGAAGCAAGGAGGCCACAGAAGGUGACAUGGCUACAUUGCACUGUGAGCUGAGCAAGGAGGCCCCUGUGGAGUGGAGGAAGGGAGCAAAGACCCUCAGAGAUGGGGACAAAUAUAGGCUGAGGCAGGACGGGGCCAUGUGUGAACUGCAGAUCUGUGGCCUGGCCGUGGAAGAUGCUGGGGAAUACUCAUGCAUGUGCGGGCAGGAGAGGACCUCAGCCACACUGACCAUCAAGGCCCUUCCCACCAAGUUCACAGAAAGUCUGAGGAAUGAAGAAGCCACAGAAGGUGCCACAGUCUUGCUUCACUGUCAGUUGAGCAAAGAGGCCCCUGUGGAGUGGAAGAAGGGAACAAAGAUCCUCAGAGAUGGGGACAGAUACAGCCUCAGACAGGAUGGGGCUGUAUGUGAGCUACAGAUCUGUGGCCUGGCCAUGGAAGAUGCAGGAGAGUACUCCUGUGUGUGUGGGCAGGAGAGGACUUCAGCUACACUGACCAUUAAGGCUAUGCCUGCCAGGUUCAUAGAAGACAUGAGAAGCGAAGAGGCCACAGAAGGGGCGACAGCCACACUGUGGUGUGAACUGAGCAAGGUGGCCCCUGUGGAGUGGAGAAAGGGAAAAGAGGUUCUGAGAGAUGGAGGCAGAUACAGCCUGAGGCAGGAUGGGGCUGUGUGUGAGCUGCAGAUCCUUGGUCUGACUAUGGCAGAUGCUGGGGAGUACUCUUGCAUGUGUGGACAGGAGAAGACCUGGACCAUGCUGACCAUCAGGGCCCUGCCUGCCAAGUUCAUAGAAGAAUUGAAAAGCCAAGAGUCCACGGAAGGGGCUACGGCCACAUUGCGGUGUGAGCUAAGUAAGAUGGCCCCUGUGGAGUGGAGAAAGGGAAAAGAAAUCCUCAGAGAUGGGGACAGAUACAGCCUCAGACAGGAUGGGACUGUAUGUGAGCUGCAGAUCCGUGGCCUGGCCGUGGAAGAUGCAGGACAGUACUCCUGCGUGUGUGGGCAGGAGAGGACUUCAGCUACACUGACCAUUAAGGCUAUGCCUGCCAGGUUCAUAGAAGACAUGAGAAGCAAAGAGGCCACAGAAGGGGCCACAGCCACACUGCGGUGUGAACUGAGCAAGGUGGCCCCUGUGGAGUGGAGGAAGGGAACAAAGACCCUCAGAGAUGGGGACAGACACAAGCUCAGGCAGGAUGGGACUGUGUGUGAGCUGCAGAUCUGUGGCCUGGCUGUGGAAGAUGAUGGGGAGUACUCCUGUGUGUGUGGGCAGGAGAGGACUUCAGCUACACUGACCAUUAAGGUCCUUCCUGCCAGAUUCAUAGAAGAAUUGAAAAGCCAAGAGUCCACUGAAGGGGCUACGGCCACAUUGCGGUGUGAGCUAAGUAAGAUGGCCCCUGUGGAGUGGAGAAGGGGAAAAGAAAUCCUCAGAGAUGGGGACAGAUACAGCCUCAGACAGGAUGGGACUGUAUGUGAGCUGCAGAUCCGUGGCCUGGCCGUGGAAGAUGCAGGACAGUACUCCUGCGUGUGUGGGCAGGAGAGGACUUCAGCUACACUGGCCAUUAAGGCUAUGCCUGCCAGGUUCAUAGAAGACAUGAGAAGCAAAGAGGCCACAGAAGGGGCCACAGCCACACUGCGGUGUGAACUGAGCAAGGUGGCCCCUGUGGAGUGGAGGAAGGGAACAAAGACCCUCAGAGAUGGGGACAGACACAAACUCAGGCAGGAUGGGACUGUGUGUGAGCUGCAGAUCUGUGGCCUGGCUGUGGAAGAUGAUGGGGAGUACUCCUGUGUGUGUGGGCAGGAGAGGACUUCAGCUACACUGACCAUUAAGGUCCUUCCUGCCAGAUUCAUAGAAGAAUUGAAAAGCCAAGAGUCCACUGAAGGGGCUACGGCCACAUUGCGGUGUGAGCUAAGUAAGAUGGCCCCUGUGGAGUGGAGAAAGGGAAAAGAAAUCCUCAGAGAUGGGGACAGAUACAGCCUCAGACAGGAUGGGACUGUAUGUGAGCUGCAGAUCCGUGGCCUGGCCGUGGAAGAUGCAGGACAGUACUCCUGCGUGUGUGGGCAGGAGAGGACUUCAGCUACACUGGCCAUUAAGGCUAUGCCUGCCAGGUUCAUAGAAGACAUGAGAAGCAAAGAGGCCACAGAAGGGGCCACAGCCACACUGCGGUGUGAACUGAGCAAGGUGGCCCCUGUGGAGUGGAGGAAGGGAACAAAGACCCUCAGAGAUGGGGACAGACACAAGCUCAGGCAGGAUGGGACUGUGUGUGAGCUGCAGAUCUGUGGCCUGGCUGUGGAAGAUGAUGGGGAGUACUCCUGUGUGUGUGGGCAGGAGAGGACUUCAGCUACACUGACCAUUAAGGUCCUUCCUGCCAGAUUCAUAGAAGAAUUGAAAAGCCAAGAGUCCACUGAAGGGGCUACGGUCACAUUGCGGUGUGAGCUAAGUAAGAUGGCCCCUGUGGAGUGGAGAAAGGGAAAAGAAAUCCUCAGAGAUGGGGACAGAUACAGCCUCAGACAGGAUGGGACUGUAUGUGAGCUGCAGAUCCGUGGCCUGGCCGUGGAAGAUGCAGGACAGUACUCCUGCGUGUGUGGGCAGGAGAGGACUUCAGCUACACUGGCCAUUAAGGCUAUGCCUGCCAGGUUCAUAGAAGACAUGAGAAGCAAAGAGGCCACAGAAGGGGCCACAGCCACACUGCGGUGUGAACUGAGCAAGGUGGCCCCUGUGGAGUGGAGGAAGGGAACAAAGACCCUCAGAGAUGGGGACAGACACAAGCUCAGGCAGGAUGGGACUGUGUGUGAGCUGCAGAUCUGUGGCCUGGCUGUGGAAGAUGAUGGGGAGUACUCCUGUGUGUGUGGGCAGGAGAGGACUUCAGCUACACUGACCAUUAAGGUCCUUCCUGCCAGAUUCAUAGAAGAUGUGCAAAGCCAAGAGUCCACGGAAGGGGCUACGGCCACAUUGCGGUGUGAGCUAAGUAAGAUGGCCCCUGUGGAGUGGAGAAAGGGAAAAGAAAUCCUCAGAGAUGGGGACAGAUACAGCCUGAGGCAGGUUGGGGCUGUGUGUGAGCUGCAGAUCCGUGGCCUGACUAUGGCAGAUGCUGAGGAAUACGUGUGCAUUUGUGGACAAGAGAGGACCUCAGCCAAGCUGACUGUCAGGGCCCCACAGGUGGUGUUCCAGGAGCCACUGCAGAGCCUGCAAGCAGAAGAGGGUUCCAUGGCCAGCCUGCAAUGCAAGCUGUCUGUACCCAAUGCUGCUGUGGUCUGGAGCAAGGGUGGUCUAGAGCUGCAGCCUGAUGUGCGCCGGGAGCCACGACAGCAGGGCUGCAUUGCAGAGCUGGUGCUGCGGGAUGUGCGCCGUGAGGAUAUGGGUGAAUACAGCUGCACCUGUGGCUCCCAGGUCACGAGUGCUGUGUUCACAGUCACAGCUGCACCCGUGAGGUUUCUCCAGGAGCUACAGGCCCAGGAGGUAGAUGAAGGAACCACAGCACACCUGCGCUGCAAGCUGAGCCAGGUGGCUGGAAGCGUGGAAUGGCGCAAAGGCUCUCUGCAACUCUUCCCCUGCACCAAGUACCAGAUGGUGCAGGAGGAGGCAGGUGUGGAGCUGCUGGUGCAUGAAGUUGAGCAGGAGGAUGCAGGUGACUAUACCUGUGAUGUGGGUCACAUGCAGAGCACGGCCAGGCUUACAGUUCGAGCCCCCAAACCCAAGUUCAAAACUGGACUGAAGAGCACAGAGCAGGAGGCAGGUAGUGUGGCCCGGCUGUUUUGCCUGUUGAGUGAGGCUGAUCCAGGGGCUCCAGUGCAGUGGCUCAAGGAGGGCGUGGAGCUGCAUGUUGGCCCCAAGUAUGAGAUACGAUGUCAAGGGGCUAUGUGUGAACUGCUAAUCCAUGGGCUGGAAGCCAAGGACGCUGGAGAGUAUGCCUGUGUUGUGGGUGGCCAGAAAACUUUGGCCUCCCUCAGAGUCAAAGAGCCCGAGGUGACCAUUGUGCGAGGACUGGUGGAUGCUGAGGUGCAGGUUGAUGAGGAUGUGGAGUUCAGCUGUGAGGUGUCACAGCCGGGGGCCACGGAUGUGCAGUGGCGCCUCCAGGGCCUGCCACUGCAGAGCAAUGAAGUAACAGAGGUGGCUGUUUUGAAUGGCUGCACUCACAUCCUCCACCUGAAAGGUGUGACCCCUGAGGAUGCUGGCACCAUCUCCUUCCAUGUGGGGAGCCACUCUUCCUCUGCUCAGCUCACCGUUCGAGUCCCUGAGGUGACCGUUCUGGAGCCCCUGCAGGAUGUUCAGCUCAGUGAGGGCCAGGAUGCCCACUUCCAAUGCCAACUGUCCAGGGCCUCAGGCCAGGAGGCUCGUUGGGCUUUAGGAGGUGUGCCCUUGCAGGCCAACGAGAUGAAUGACAUCAGUGUGGAACAGGGCACACUCCACUUGCUCACUCUGCACAAGGUGACCCUUGAGGAUGCUGGAACUAUCACUUUCCAAGUGGGUUCAUGUAGCUCAGAAGCCCAGCUGAAGGUCACGGAGGCGGCACUAUGCCUGGUACAUGACUUGCAGAGUGCGGAUGUCUUCGCUGGGGAGGUGGCCUCGUUCUCCUGUGAGGUGUCUCGUGCGGGUGGGCCAGAGGCUCGCUGGUGGCUGGAUGGCACCCUGCUGCAAGACAGCCCCCAGAGCACCAUCGCUGUGUGUGAGGGGACCCUUCACUCUCUUACACUCUCAGGCCUGGGGGUGGCUGACUCAGGCACCAUCACCUUCCGCAAGGGGUCUCUGGUCUCCACAGCCAAGUUGUUGGUCAAAGAUCCCACGGUGGAGGUGGUCAGUGCCAUGCAGGACCUGGUGGUGGAGGAGGGUGGCUCAGCUGAGCUCCUCUGCCAAUACUCACGGCCUGUGCAGGCCACAUGGAAGAUGGACGAGCGGGAGGUGUGCACAGAUGGGCACCGUGUCAUCAUAGAGCAGGACUGGACCGUGGCCAGGCUGACCUUCAGGCCAGCCCUGCCCCGUGACAGCGGUAUCUAUUCUUGUGAGGCUGCAGGCACCCGUGUGGUGGCAUUACUCCAAGUACAAGCCAAGAACACUGUGGUUCGGGCCCUGGAGAAUGUGGAUGUCCCUGAGGGUGGCGAGGCUCUGUUUGAGUGCCAGCUGUCCCGGCCUGAGGUGGCUGCCCACACCUGGCUGCUGGAUGAUGAGCCCGUGAACACCUCCGAAAAUGCUGAAGUGGUCUACUUUGAGAAUGGCCUGCGGCACCUGUUGCUGCUCAAAAACCUGCGGCCACAGGACAGCUGCCGUGUGACCUUCUUGGCUGGGGAUGUGGUCACGUCUGCUUUCCUCACUGUCAGAGGCUGGCGCUUAGAGGUUCUGGAAGCCCCUCAAGACUUGGCAGUGUGUACUGGAGAGCAGGCCCAAUUCACAUGCAUGCUCAGUGAGGCAGUGCCUGUGGGUGAGGCGACCUGGUACAUCAAUGGAGCCGCGGUUCAGCCAGAUGAUUCCGCCUGGUCAGUCACCGUGGAUGGCUGCCAGCAUGCCCUGCUGCUACACAGUGCCCAGUCCCACCAUGCUGGAGAGGUCACCUUUGCUGCCCAUGAUGCUGUGGCUUCAGCAAGGCUCUCUGUGCUGAGCCUCCCUGACCCACCAGAGGAUGCUGAGGUGGUGGGUCGCAGUGGCUGCUCUGUGACCCUGUCCUGGGUGGCUCCCACAAACGAUGGUGGUGGUGGUCUAUGUGGCUAUCGGGUAGAAAUGAAGGAGGGGUCCACAGGCCAGUGGCAUUUGUGCCAUGAACUGGUGCCUGGGCCAGAGUGUGUGGUGGAUGGCCUGACCCCAGGGGAGACCUACCGCUUCCGAGUAGCAGCUGUGGGCCCAGCAGGUGCUGGGGAUCCUGUGCACCUGCCCCAAAUGGUCAGGCUCGCAGAGCCAAAGGAGCCUGCACUUCCCCUACCUCCAGCCCCUGAGAGACGGCAGGUGGUAGUUGGAGAGAAUGUCUGUCUGGAGUUGGAGAUGGCGGCUGAGGCUGGUGAGGUAGUCUGGCACAAGGGGACAGAGCGCAUCCAGCCCAGUGGGCACUUCGAGGUGGUCUCUCAGGGUCGGCAGCAGAUGCUCGUGAUCAAGGGCUUCAGAACAGAAGACCAGGGAGAGUACCGCUGUGGCCCUGCCCAGGGCCCAGACUCCACCCAGGCUGCCACCUUUCAGGUGGUGCUGACCCCAGGCUCUGAGGAUGAGGCUGUUACGCAGCCCAGCCUGCCCCCAGAGGCAGCCCAAGAGGGUGACCUGCACCUGCUCUGGGAAGCCCUAGCUCGGAAGCGCCGCAUGAGCCGUGAGCCCACCCUGGACUCUAUCAGUGAGAUGCCUGAGGAGGAUGGCCGCGUGCAGCACCUGCGACAGGAGGCAGAGGAGGUGGCUCCUGAUCUCUCUGAGGGCUACUCCACAGCUGAUGAGCUGGCACGUACUGGAGAGGCUGAUCUCUCACACACCAGCUCUGAUGAUGAGUCCCGGGCAGGGACCCCUGCCCUAGUUACCUACCUCAAGAAAGCUGGGAGGCCUGGGGCAUCACCUCUCGCCAGCAAGGUUGGGGCCCCAGCAUCUGUCUCUGUGAAGCUACAGAAGCAGCAGGAGCAACCAGCCACAGCGUACCCACCUCCAGGUGACUUGAAUGCUGUGGACUUGGGAGAUUCCUCCAUGGACAAGGCAGCAGUGAAGAUCCAGGCUGCCUUUAAGGGCUACAAGGUCCGGAAGGAGAUAAAGCAGCAGGAAGGGCCUGUGUUCUCCCACACAUUUGGAGAUACUGAAGUACAGGUGGGGGAUGCUCUGCGGCUGGAGUGUGUAGUGGCCAGCAAGGCAGACAUUCGGGCCUGCUGGCUGAAGGAUGGUGUGGAGCUAACUGAUGGACGGCACCACCACAUCGACCAGCUUGGGGAUGGCACCUGCUCUCUGCUAGUCACUGGUCUGGGUCAUGCUGAUACUGGCCGCUACACCUGUCAAGUGAGUAACAAGUUUGGCCAAGUGAGCCACAGUGCCUGUGUGGUUGUCAGCGGGACAGAGAGCGAGGCUGAGAGCUCCUCAGGGGGUGAGCUGGACGAUACCUUCCGCCGGGCUGCCCGGCGUCUGCACCGGCUCUUUCACACCAAGGGCCCAUCUGAGGUUUCGGAUGAGGAACUCUUCCUCAGUGCAGAUGAGGGCACUGCAGAGCCAGAGGAGCCUGCGGACUGGCAGACAUACCGAGAAGAUGAGCAUUUCAUCUGCAUCCGUUUCGAGGUGCUCACUGAAGCCCAUCGGGCAGUCACUUGCUUCCAGGAGAUGUUUGCCACCUUGGGCAUUGGAGUGGAAAUUGGCCUUGUGGAGCAGGGGCCCCGGGGGGUGGAGAUGCGCAUCAGCAAGGUGGCCCCUGCCCCCACCCCUGUGAUGCCUCUGGAGCCUGUACCCAGCCUGCUGACUUCUGAUGCUGCCCCAGUAUUCCUGACAGAGCUCCAGAACCAAGAAGUGCAGGAUGGCUACCCCGUGAGCUUUGACUGUGUAGUGACAGGCCAGCCAGUGCCCAGUGUGCGUUGGUUCAAGGAUGGGAAACUGCUGGAAGAGGAUGACCACUACAUGAUCAAUGAAGACCAGCAGGGUGGCCACCAGCUCAUCAUCACGGCCGUGGUGCCAGCGGACAUGGGUGUCUACCGCUGCCUGGCUGAGAACAGCAUGGGUGUCUCCUCCACCAAGGCUGAGCUCCGCGUAGAGUGUGAGUGCUACUCUGGUGUGGGGUUUCUUGAGCUGGGCUGGAGGGUGGUCUGGAAGGCACUGGUCUUGGGCUAGGCAGGAUUGGAAGCUUCAAUGUCUUAUGCCUAGGGGAAAGGAGACUUUUCUGGGAGUUAUAACUAAGACCAGAGUUCCCCUCAGGAGCCUGUUAGGGUGGAGGGGUAGAGGAACUCAUGUCUGUUAGAGGUGUCCCAGCUGGAAAGAAGCCUGGGAAAGUUUGGAUGUGGAGGCCAUGAAUGAUGAGGAAGGGUGAUCCUGGACUCCCCCAACUAUUCCCUCAGAGUUCCUCUUGGGAGACCUUAGAUGGCUCAACUAGAAAGCCCCUUGGGAGAAGCUCAGGGAUCACUGUACCUAGUAACUAGUACUGUGGCAUCAUAAGAAAUAUGUAUUUAAUCUUUGUCCCUGAUUCUUAAUACAGAGGUCCU